AUGGCACCCGACAAUCCAAGCGCCGAAGAGAUCGAAAGAGCAUCCCAACUUCUAAAUGCCCAAGAGAAAGCCAUCGCCCUCUUCGAAGAAAUCGAAAGCACCCUCAUCCGACCCGGAAUCACAGAAAAGACCCUCAAUGCCGAAAUCUACCAACUAGGUCUAGACCGCUAUGGCAUCAAGACCCAUUGGCACAAACGAGUCAUCCGCAGUGGUCCAAACACUCUAAGCCCAUUCGCCGAGAACCCCCCAGAUCGAGUCAUCCAGGAAGAUGACAUCCUGGUUGUGGAUCUCGGACCUGUCUUUGAGGCCUGGGAAGCUGAUUUUGGCCGCACCUUCGUGCUCGGAAAUGACCCACACAAGCUCAAACUGCGGGAUGCGCUUGAGCCUAUUUGGGAUAUUGUCAAGGCGCGGUAUCGCGAGAACCCUGAUAUGUCGGGGGACGAGCUAUAUAAUAUUUCCUGUGAGGUUGCAAAGGAGUGGGGCUUUGAUUUCGGUGCCGAUAUUGCGGGUCAUAUUGUUGGGUCGUUUCCUCAUGAGCGUAUUCCGAGGAAUAAGAUUGCUCUUUAUAUUACGAAGGAUAAUAAUGACUCGAUGGGUUUGGCGGGUAGUGAUGGGUUCAGGCGUCAUUGGAUCUUGGAGAUUCAUCUUCAUGAUCGGGAACGUGGGUUUGGUGGGUUUUUUGAGAAACUUUUGACGGUUGAUUAG